AAGCUGAACGGACGUGUGCGCGAGCUUGUGUUAAAAGAGUAGUAAUCGAACUAUAUUGCGGAUGAACGUCCCACUAAAUCUAGACGUAUUCGAUGUGCUGCCCUUCCAGCAAUUGUGACGUAUUCAACGAUAAAAUUUGUGGCAUAGGCCAAAAGAAAAGAAAUAAAAAAACAAAAACAAUAACAAUACACAAAUUGGGCCAAAAAUGGGCUUCUCAUCGGCCCUGCAGGGUCGUGCCGCACAUGAGGCGUUGAUCAUGCGUCAGGAUGCGGAACUGCGCCUCAUGGAGACCAUGAAACGCUCCAUUCAACUGAAAGCCAAAUGCGACAAGGAGUACGCAAUUAGUUUGGCAGCCGUUGCUCAGCAAGGACUCAAAAUUGAUCGGGCUGAUGAAAUGCAAGGCAGCCUAAUUACCAAAUCCUGGCGCUCCUAUAUGGACGAGCUGGAUCUGCAGGCCAAACAGUUCAAGCUCAAUGCCGAACAGCUUGAGGUAGUCUGCGACAAGCUCACGCAUCUCUCCCAGGACAAGCGCAAGGCACGCAAGGCCUAUCAGGAGGAGCAUGCCAAGAUUGCAGCACGCCUGAACCAUCUGACAGAGGAAGUUGUGCGCAAGAAGAGCGAAUACCAAAAACAUUUGGAGGGCUACAAAGCGCUGCGCACGCGCUUCGAGGAGCACUACAUUAAAGCUCCUGGACGCAGUGGCCGCAAGCUGGACGAUGUGCGGGACAAGUAUCAGAAGGCCUGCCGCAAAUUGCAUCUCACACACAACGAAUACGUGCUCUCCAUCACGGAGGCCAUCGAGGUGGAGAAGGACUUUCGCACAGUGCUGCUGCCAGGCCUGCUCGAGCACCAGCAAUCCCAGCAGGAGAGCUUCAUUCGGCUGUGGCGCAACAUAUUGCUGGAGGCAGCGCAGCACGGCGAUCUCACCGCUGAUAAGUUUAAGGAGAUACAGAAACGCAUUGAUACUGUGAUAAGCGGCAUUAAUCCGGCCGAAGAGUAUGGCGAGUUUACAGAGAAAUACAAAACUUCACCCACAACGCCACUGCUCUUCCAGUUCGAUGAGACGCUCAUUGAGGACAUACCCGGCAAGCUAACGGCCAGCACACUGACUGUGGAUAAUCUGACGGUGGACUGGCUCCGCACGCGGCUGCUGGAGCUGGAGUCGGCGGUCAAGGAUUGCCAGGAGCGGCAGUUGAAGAUGAUUGAGCAAGUCAAUGGCGGCUCCCCGGUGGCAAAUGGCAGUAUCAUCUCCAAUGGCAGCAAUGCCUCCAAUGGCAUCCAAUCCAACAAUAGUAGUCAAAUACGUCAAUCGAAGGAUCUGAAUGCGCUGCGCUGCCAGGAGAAGCAAAAACAGAAACUAGUGGACAUGAUCAAGUGCGCCUUGAACGAAGUGGGCUGCGAGGAGCUGCCCUCUGGGUGCGAUGAUCAUUUGACCAUUGAACAGAAUUUCAUAGAGCACGGCUUCAAUAAUGAGCAACAGCGCUCCAACUCCACUAGCUCACCAGGUCUGGGUAUUGUGAGCGAGCUGAUGCGCCGCGGCGGCGUCCUGACGCUGCUGCGCGGACGCACGCGUCACUUUAAGCGCAAGUCGACGCCCCAGCCAACGACUCCCAUGACGCGCACACGUCAGGGCAGAUUCAGCAAGAUGCAGCCACGCUCCCAGAGCCUGGGAUCCUUGUCGGUAAUUACAGCGGCACAUGCGGCUCGCUACGAGACAAUUACUAAUACGCUGCGUCUGGCGGCCAGCGUGCACUAUCUGGGCGAGGAGAUCGCUCAGCUCAGCUCCACGCCGCCAGCGCUGCCGCGUUUGCGGCGCACGCAAUGUUCCAUGUUGUGUUUGGACGCCGUCGAGCGGCCGCUGGAGCCGUUGCCGGUGGCUGACUCGACUGCGUUUAUGCUUGUCAAGUCCCUAAGCCAGCUAACUAUCCAUGCUGCUCUUACUAACACCAAUAACAAUCACAUCUACGCGGAUCUGGAGCUAAGCAGCAAGCCGCAGCAAAGCAAUGAGAGCAUCGAAACUGCCGCCAUGCCGCAAAGCUCCAUAGAUGCGCAUCUGGACCGAAUUGAUGAACUGAAUCGGGCGCUGGACGACCGUCUCAAGCGUCAGAUGCAGCUAAGCGAGUUGAAUACCAUAGAAAUCGCUGAAGAUAGCGAGGCCAACAAGCGUUGCUCCAGCUCCAGCUCAGAGUGUCGCUCCUCGCAGCUGAGUGGCAAGGAUGCUAAGAAGCGUUCGCUGUCCUUUACGCAAAAGUCCUUCAACCAUAUUAUAAGCAACAUUAAGGAGUUCUCCAAGAGUCCCUUGGCACGCAUCAACAAGCCCGCCUCACUAAGCGAGGAGCAGGAACUGCCCAGUCCAGUGCCAAUCAAUCAAUCAGGCCGCACUGAGCCUCCAGCAUGCCACAAUAACAACAACAACAACAGCAGCAGCAAUCCUAAUGCUACAACAAGCUCAACUUCGACUAAUACAACGACGCCGUCCAAGGAAACGUCCCGACUGAAAUUCAAAGUGCCAAAAAUACAAAAGAAAUCCAAAGCCAUACGUAAUACAUUCCGUACCAAGUUGCUCAGCUUCCAGCUGAAGCGCGCCAAGCCCUGCAAGCAGUGCACCAAGCGGCGUCGCAUCCAUCCCAGCAAAAGUGUCUUUGACUUUGCCAAGGAGUUCGAGACGGACGCAGCGCAGGCACAAGCGGAUCAAGAGCAAUUCUGCAGCUGUCCACAGCCUCAGAGUAGAACGAAGCCAGCGCUGCGCAUGGCUCUGACUGAGCUCCAGGAUAACGACGACGAUGAUGAUGAUGAUGAUGAUGAUUUGGCAGACAGCAGCAGUGAUGAUGUGCUUAGCAUCAAGGAGCACUGCUAUUGCGUGCCCAGCUUGGCGGCGAGUCUAUCGCUAUCGACUAAUCGACCGCUCUACGAGGAGGAAUGGUUCCAUGGCGUGCUGCCGCGCGAGGAGGUAGUGCGUCUGUUGAACAACGAUGGUGACUUUCUGGUGCGCGAGACCAUACGCAAUGAGGAGAGUCAAAUUGUGUUGAGCGUCUGCUGGAAUGGUCACAAGCAUUUUAUAGUGCAGACCACGGGAGAUGGUCACUUUCGCUUUGAAGGGCCGCCGUUUCCCAGUAUACAGGAGCUAAUCAUGCAUCAGUACCAUUCCGAACUGCCAGUUACAGUCAAAUCUGGCUCCAUACUGAGACGUCCUGUCUGCCGUGAACGUUGGGAGCUGAGCAACGAUGAUGUGGUGCUGCUUGAGAAAAUUGGCAGGGGAAACUUUGGAGAUGUGUACAAGGCCAAGCUAAAGUCUACGAAACAGGAUGUGGCCGUCAAGACUUGCCGCAUGACUUUGCCUGAUGAACAGAAACGCAAAUUCCUGCAAGAGGGUCGCAUCUUGAAGCAAUAUGAUCAUCCGAAUAUAGUCAAGCUUAUUGGCAUUUGUGUGCAAAAGCAGCCCAUAAUGAUAGUCAUGGAACUGGUGCCAGGCGGUUCACUGCUCAACUAUUUACGCAAAAACUCGAAUGCGCUUAACACACGGCAACAGAUGGGCAUGUGCCGCGAUGCAGCAGCGGGCAUGCGCUAUCUGGAGUCUAAGAAUUGUAUACAUCGUGAUUUGGCUGCACGCAAUUGUUUGGUAGACUUUGAGCACAGCGUCAAGAUCUCCGACUUUGGCAUGUCGCGCGAAGAGGAAGAAUAUAUAGUUUCGGAUGGCAUGAAGCAAAUACCUGUUAAGUGGACAGCACCUGAAGCGCUUAACUUUGGCAAAUAUACUUCACUCUGCGAUGUCUGGUCCUAUGGCAUACUCAUGUGGGAGAUAUUCUCCAAAGGCGAUACACCCUACUCGGGCAUGAGCAACUCACGUGCCAGAGAGCGCAUCGAUACAGGCUAUCGCAUGCCCACGCCGGAGAAUACGCCGCCCGAAAUGUAUCGCCUGAUGCUCAAGUGCUGGGCAGCUGAUGUCGAGAGCCGUCCACACUUUGAGGACAUCUACAAUGUGGUCGAUGCAUUGAUCCUACGCCUGGAGAACAGUCAUUGA